UGUACUACGAUAGCAUCGGCACAUAGCCGCUGCGCUGUCAAACUCAAAGUCAAUGUCAAUGCCGUAUUGCCGUAGAGUCCAUGGAUUUGGAUUGGAUUAGUCCGGACGGAAUAUACAAACUUCAAUGUUAUAUUUUCAAUUGUGUCUCAAUUCGUUUUUAGAUUUAUCAAAUUUGUGUAAUCUUUGAAAUGUUAACGUUACAACAUUUUCUUUCCCCUCGCACUUGCGUCGUGAGUGUAAAUAACUAGGUUCAUAUGUAGUUGGCUUCAAAGUUUGUUACAAAACAAAGUAAACUUACCAUCAUGUGUGACAUUAAAGUAAAGUAUGAAGCUCCAAAUAUUUGUCGAGGCUGUCUCAGCGCGGACAGGAAGCUUGCUCCCGUGGCUCCCGGUGACCUGUACUUCUCACUGUUGACAGAGGACCAAAAAGUGGAGGCUCUAACCAUACCACAGGUAGAGCUGUGCUGGGAGUGCGUGGCGCUGCUGAGUAGAAUCCGCAGGUUUCAAGCUCAAGUCCAAAGUGCGCACAGUAUUCUACAAGAAUCUUUACAAUUUCCGCCUACAAAACCUACUUUUUCUUCACUUAAAAUUCAUUACAAAUUUGAAUAUGAUGCUGUUAUUGAAGAUAAGAAAGUAUUUGAAAAAUUAUCAGUUUCUGAAGAACAACAGCUUACUACAGCGAAUGAGAAAGUUAUCAUACCCACAAAAUACAAAACUACUAAUAAAACAAACAAUGUUGAAAAUGUGAAAAGUUUCAAAGAUGUUAUAAAUGAUCUUUUAAAAAAUUUAAAUGUAAAAAAAGACGAUAAAAGUAAAUGUCCCAGUAAUGACAGUGAUGAAGAUGUAGAUGAGGAUAAUGAUAAUGAUAACUUUGAUGGAGAUGAAACAAAUUAUAGUUCACCUGUAGAAGUGUCUGAUAUUGAAGAUGAUAGUUUGAAAACAUUACCAGUUACUGCUAAUAAUACUUUAUCAAAAGUUAAACAACCUCAACAAAAUAAUGUAAAAAUCACAAGACAAGCAAUAAAGACCUUCAGCCAAAAAGUGGACAUACCAAUACUUACACAACCUAACACAAAUAACGGAACCGCUAAAGAAGAAGCAACUACAACUCUAAACCAAAAAGUGGAUGCAAAGAAAUUUAUUAAGACUCCUGCAAUGUUGAAACUGGAAAUGGAGUUAAAGAAGCACAUGAGUGUUGUGAAACCCGUACCAAAAGAGGCGCCGAGUAAAACUCGAAAGAAACGUGCGGAGAGAAAAGCAACUGCUGAUAUAAACGACGCUCAGUCAGACCAUGAUGAUGAUGAACCGGAAACAAAAAAGCCAAAGCAGACAGAGUUAGACCCAGAUUUCAGUUUAGACGAGGACACGGAUGCCGAUACAGAUAAUAGUGAAGAGUUUAAACCUCUGGGCAUUUCCAAGCCAAAGGAACGCGAAGGAGAUGGUGAAACAGAAAGACAUCGUAAAUUCAAGAAGACAAUUACAAAUUAUAAAAAUAUAGCAGAAGUUACCCCGUACUUUACAGAAAUCGAGAUGGGUGAGCAGGAAAUACGGAGCGCAUUAGAAAAAGAUGACGCCAUCGUAAAAGAGAACAAGCCUACGAAGUGCGUUAUUUGCGGGAUGGCGUUCACGCACCGGCGGGCGCUGAAGCGGCACGGCCUCGCGUACCACAGGAGGCUAUACCCACAGCAGUAUAGAAAAGGGGCCUGGUACAACCCGCCCCCGGAGUACCCCGCGCGGUCCGUGUGGCGGUGCGGGCCGUGCGGGCGGCUGCUGCGAGAGACGCACGCGCUCGCACACAUGAACGAGUACCACAAGGUGCAGUACUUCUGCAACGGGAGCGGCUGCGAGUGGUGCCAGAGAUGUUUUUGGGAAAAGGAAGAUUUUGACCAGCACUGGGACGAAAUUCAUAGAAAAACCGUAUGCGAUUACUGUAAAAAACCCAAGAAGAAUAAGAGAAGUCUGGAAAUGCACAUGCAAACAUCUCACGCCAAGCUGGUGAAGCCCGUGAUCCCGCAGUGCAAGGAGUGCGCGGCGGUGUUCCCGUCCUUCAAGUCUCUGAGCAACCACCGGCAUAACGCGCACAGGAGGCGCGAGGAGCCGGCAGAACAGCGUUACUGCGUGGAGUGCGACGUGACCUUCAAGCGGAUCGCCACCUUCCAGAAGCACUUCCUCGACAGGCACUCCGGCGUGCCCAAACCCACGUAUCCGUGCGAGUAUUGUGGGAAGGAGUUAGCCAACAAAAAUUCUUACCAGAAGCACGUCGCGCUCCUGCACAUGGGCAAGACGAACUUCUGUUGCCAUAUUUGCGGCAAGUACAUGUCGUCUUCGCAAGCCCUCAAAAUGCACCUGGACUCGCACCUCAACAUCAAACCUCCGAAGACCAAGAAGUGCGACAUCUGCGGGCGCUUGUUCUCGAACGACAGGACCCUCCGCCACCACACGUACACGCACACGGGCGAGCGGCCGUACGCGUGCCCGCACGGCGACGCGGCCUUCACGCAGCCGCACUGUCUGCGCGCGCACCUCCUCAAGCAGCACGGCGUCGACGCCCGCGUCAAGACGGACGGCACCAUCACUCUACUGAAUGAACCGACCGGGACCAUCACUGAAGGAACUGGGAUGCUCACUGGAGUGACUGAGGUGGAGAUGGAAAAAUAAGUUUGGGAAGGAAGCCGCUUACUUACCUAUUACUUAACUCCUCCAGAACCAAAUACUUGUAUUGUCUCCUACAGUCGAGUUCAUAAAUAUGUGUACAUUUUUUCACAUUAUUGCUACGAGUUAAGGCGAAGAAAUGUACAGAUAUUUAUGAACUCGACUGUACCUACACCAUAAUCGGCGCCAAGACAGCGCUGGAAAAUGGUACAACUUUACACAGUUGAAUGUGGGAUUUCGAUUAUUAAUAAGAUUAAUAGUUUAAGACUUAAAUUUGAAUAGAGGUUACAUAAUUGUACCUAACUAAUUCCUGGACCUAUGUGAAGUAAUUUGCGAGUUAAUAAAUGUAUAUUUUGUA